AUGACUGAUCCUUUCCAGUUCCCAUAUGAGUAUUCUCAGAGAGGUGACAUAAUCAUUGGAGACAUUGUGGCUCAGUAUGGAUGUAUUUUUGAUCAAACCACUUACUCUGAAAACCCUAGAACUAUGGCGGUAGAUGGACUUAUGAUUUCACCAAAGAUCUACCAGCAUGUCCUGUCAUUUGUAUUUGCUGUGAAGGAGAUUAAUGAAAACUCCAAGAUCUUACCCAAUGUCAGCCUGGGGUUCCAGAUCUUUGAUGACUAUUUGAAUGCCAGGAUGACUCAUCAAAACACCCUGAAGCUUCUGUCUUCCUGGGAAAGAAUUGUCCCCAACUACAACUGCAACAAGACAAAAAGUGUGAUAGCUGUGGUUGGGGGACUGAACUCUGAAAUGGCCUUUCAUAUCUCUACUAUUCUAAACGUUUACAAGAUCCCACAGUUUCACCCUUUCCUGAGAAGCAUCUCAUUUAACAACACUGCUGGAGACCUGGUAUUUUUUAAUGAGAAUGGUGAAAUAGCAUCCGGAUUUGAUAUUAUAAACUGGGUUACUUUGCCAAACAAAUCCCUUGCGAGAGUGAAAGUUGGAAGGAUAAUUCCACAGGCUUCACCAGGCAGAGAACUCAUCAUUAAUGAAGAAGCCAUCACAUGGCCUAAUAUGAUGAAUCAGGUGCCUCCCCUUGCUGAGUGCAAUGAUCACUGUCAUCCUGGUUACAGAAGAAAGAAGGCUGAGGGGGCACCAUUUUGUUGCUACAGUUGUGUUCCAUGUCCAGAUGAGAAGAUCUCAGAUAAGAAAGAUUUGGAUGACUGUUUUAAAUGUCCACAAGACCAAUAUCCAAACAAGAACCAAGAUAAGUGUAUUUCCAAAGCUCUACAUUACCUCUCCUUCAGAGAAACUUUGGGGAUCAUUUUAGCCUCCUCGGCUCUCUCUUUUUCUCUGAUCACAACUUUGGUCCUAAGAAUUUUUAUCCAGAACCAAAACACUCCAAUUGUCAAAGCCAACAAUCGGAACCUCACCUAUUCUCUUCUUAUAUCACUGCUGCUUUGUUUCCUUUGCUCCUUACUCUUCAUUGGCCAGCCUCAGACAGUGACCUGCUACUUACGGCAAACUGCUUUUGGCAUCAUCUUCUCAGUGGCUAUUUCGUGCAUGCUGGCCAAAACCUUCACCGUGGUUUUGGCUUUUGCAGCUACCAAGCCAGGAACCCAGAUGAGGAAAUGGGUUGGGAAAAGACUGGCAACCUCCAUUCUCAUCUCUUGCUCCCUCAUUCAAGUCAGUAUUUGUGCAGUGUGGCUCUGUACUGCUCCUCCAUUCCCACAUUUUGACAUGGACACUCUGGCUGGAGAAAUCAUAGUGGAAUGCAAUGAAGGGUCCGUCACAAUGUUUUAUUUGGUUCUGGGGUAUCUGGGAUUUCUGGCUACUGUCAGUUUUACUGCGGCUUUCUUAGCCAGGAAAUUGCCUGACAGGUUCAAUGAAGCCAAACUGAUCACUUUCAGCAUGUUGGUGUUUUGUGGUGUUUGGCUGUCCUUUGUUCCAUCUUAUCUCAGCACCAAGGGGAAGUAUAUGGUAGCCAUGGAGAUCUUCUCUAUCUUGGCCUCUAGUGCUGGACUGCUGGUUUGUAUCUUCUUCCCUAAAUCCUACAUAAUUAUUUUGAAGCCUGAGUUGAAUAGUAGGCACCAACUAAUAAAAUAUGAGUGCAAUCUAAAGAAUGAUUUUAUUAAAGACAUUUGUGAGAGUUAG